UUCUCGUCGAAGAGCUGUUGGGUUUCCAUUUGGACACUAUGGAGGGCUGCCAAGCGGGUGCCAACAGAAGGGUUUCUUUGAAGAGUGACGUGACUUGCAGCACACGGGCCCAAUCAAAAGAGAGUGGUGAUGAAGAGAUGCUUCCCGGAUUGUUCGUUCAGAGGGAGAGGAGGCUGACCCAGCAUGGAUUCGCAGACUUGGAUGCACGGACGACAGUCAUGUUGAGGAACUUGCCUGAGUGCUUCACACGUGCAAGGAUGCUUUAUUUGCUUGGCAAAGAAGGAUUUUCUGGACGCUUCAACUUCCUAUAUGUCCCUGUCUGCUUCAGAGAAAAGAAUUCUCUCUGCUACGCAUUCAUCAAUUUUGUCGACCUGACGUCCUUGGAACUUUUCCGCGACAGGUUCCAUGGGUUCCGGCAAUGGGGCAUUCCAGGCAUAGAGCACGUCGGAGAAGUGUGCUCUUGCGAGAGGCACCAGGGUUUAUCCAGCAUCAUCCAGUACUAUCGCAACAACAGUGUGAUGCAUCCAAGUGUGCCAGAUGAAUGCAAACCAAUCCUUUUGAGUGGAACGCAACGCAUUCCUUUCCCAUCCCCAUUGAAGAAGAUCAAGAUGCCCAAGAAGUUGAAAGGGAGCGAUGCCCAUCUCGACGACGAGAGGCUGAUGAAUAAAGGAGCCCUGGUGGUGAUGCUGAUCUUGUGAUUUCUGUCAUUGACUACGCCACAGGCUGAUAGUCACUGAUUGGGACAGCAGUCAACAGCACACGGCCAACAGCCUGCAAGGUCGGGCUGUCCAAAAUGUUUGUGUCACCUUAUUUUGUCCCCAUAAAUGGCAAUGGCACACAGCUAAGCGCAC